UAGAGACGGAACAAUCCAGACUUGGGAGAUAGUACAGUAACGAAUGAGGAUAUACUAAAACAUUCUGAACAACUCACUGGGGAAAUGGGCACCUGGAGACGCUAAGCCCCUUCACCUGUCUACACUCACAUUGUAUCAAAAUUCUGGACCACAAUUCAGAUACACUGGGAUAGUCAAUGUGCAAUGGCAGCUCUUGAAAAUACUGCACCUGUUCAAGACAACAAUAAUGACAAAGACAGAACUUCAGACGGUGCUCCAAAAUGUGGCUUUAAAAGAGGAUCUGAUCCAGGAACACAUACUAUGCUAGGGAAAGCAUAUGAGUUUUUCCAAAUAUGUGACAUAGAAGAUAAGGGCUUCAUCACACGGCAUGACAUGCAGAGGCUUCAUGGGGAGCUCCCUCUAAGUGUAGAAGAAUUGGAGAAUGUCUUUGACACACUGGAUGCAGAUGGAAAUGGCUGCCUUACGUUGGAAGAAUUCACUUCAGGAUUUAGUGAAUUUUUGUUCGGAAACCAGAUCUCACCAAAGGCAACAACCGACGGGGAACUUGCUGAGCAGCUGGAAUUUCAGAAUGCUUAUCAAACUAAAUGGGAGGAAUUUGCACAAAAAGCAGAAGAUGAUGACAAUGAAGACGAAAAUGCCCAGUUCUACAACUUGAUUGACAGUUUAGGAGCAAACAAAGUUUUAGAGGAUGAAAAUCGCAUUAAAAAAUUGUGGAUGGAUUUGAAAAAAGAUGAACCCCACCUGCUGCCAAGUUUUGAAGAAUUCUUGGUUCGUGUUUUCUCCCAACUUCAGGAAGCAAAUGAGGAAAAGAAUGAAAUGGAAAGUGCCCUAAAGAAGAAGAUUGCAACCUAUGAUGUAGAAAUUCAAAAUCUUUAUGAAGAAAUGGAGCAGCAGAUAAAAUCUGAGAAAGAACAAUUUCUCCUACAGGACACAGAAAGGUUUCAAUCCAGGAGUCACGACCUAGAAGAUAAACUUGUAUCCAAAGAACAAGAAUUAGAACAACUCCUUAAAAAACAGAAGAGGCUGGAAAAUCAAUGUAAGGAACUUAAUAAUGAUAAGUAUGAAACAAAAGCAGAAAAUGAAAAGCUGAGAUUAACCAAUAAAGAGAUGACAAGAGACCUUGACAGGACAUCCCAAGAAUUAUUAACUGCACAGAGACAGUUGAAGAUUCUACAAGAGGAGGCCUCACAACUACAUGAAGAAAGAGAAAUGGAAGUGUACAGGGUUACAGAGAGCCUGCAUCGUGAAAGGACAGCUCUACUGAAACAGCUUGAUCUAUUAAGGGAAAUGAAUAAGCAUCUCCGAGAUGAACGUGACAGCUGUUUGCAGAAAUCCAAGGUAACUCCUACAGCUCCUAUGAAAAAUGAAAGAUCAGGAUCCAUUAUUGGAAAAUAUAUUGAAAGGAAACCAUCAGUAAAAAGUCAAUCUUCUGAAGAAGAAGAUGGAUUCCAAACAAAAAAGAGUCCUGUUGGUUUGAAUGGGUAUUCAUCAUCCACUAGCGACCCUGAACCUAUUCUCGAACUCAGACAUAGUACAAAAAGACAGUUACAAAGAAUUAUAUCAAUUGAAGAAGAUCCCUUGCCCCAGAUUUUUGAAAUCCAGCAAGAAAGACCCCUACAUCAGUGGGAAGAGAUUGAUGAGUAUGAAGAUAACACAAGUGAAGUCUCAGAAUCUAUCAGGAGAGAUGUUCGGAUUCCUAGUGAAGAGGUACCGUCAUCCCCACGAGGGCAACCAGUUGGAAAAGAAACGUUAUCAAGUGAAGAACACAUGUAUUCACCUCCAGAUCGUUUAUUCAAGAUAGUAAUGGUUGGAAAUUCCAGUGUUGGAAAGACAUCCUUUCUCAGGAGAUUUUGUGAAGGCAGUUUUUUUCCUGGGACAUCAGCAACCGUGGGUGUUGAUUACAGCGUCAAGACCGUAACGGUGGAUAAUAGUCAGAUAGCAUUGCAGCUUUGGGAUACAGCAGGACAAGAAAGGUACCGAAGCAUUACAAAGCAAUUCUUUAGAAAAGCAGAUGGAGUCAUUAUAAUGUAUGAUAUUACAUCUAAAGACACAUUUACUUCAGUUCGACAGUGGCUGAGCAGCGUGGAGGAAGCUGCAGGUGAAAACAUUCCUAUACUAAUGCUAGGCAACAAAAUAGACAUUGAAAAAGAAAGAGAAGUUCCACUUGGCCUAGGAGAACAUUUAGCUAAGGAUUACAAUUUCAUGUUCAAUGAAUGCAGUGCCUACACUGGGCACAACGUAACGGAAUCCAUACUUAAUUUAGCAAGGAUUUUGAAGGAACAGGAAGAUAAGGUUAAGGAGAACACUGUCCGUUUACUUGAAUCUCCAAAGAAAAAAAAAUGCUGUUUCAGCCAAUAGAGAGGCCUCAGAACAGGGGCACAUUAACACUACUUGCUUUAUAGUUAGGUUUUAAGUUAAAUAUUUGCACAAAUUGUUAGAGACAUUACACUGCCAUAGAGGGAUGCUCUACAGGAUCAUAAAUUCCUUCAAAACUGUAAUGCAAAUCAUAUAUGUAAUAAGACAUAUUUAUUUGGAGAUAUUUAAAACUCAGAAGAUAUUACACAGUAUAUGUUGAACAUUUUAAAGAGGCUCUGACACCUAUAAUGUAGCUUUUAUUUUUUAUUUUUUGGCAGAAAACAUUUUAAAGCAAUAAUCGUAACAGACUAAUUAAAUUUUCACUUACGUUGG